CCACCGCGCUCUCGGCGCCGCUCCGGGCCUGGGCCGCUCUCUGAGGGCGCCGUUGGGACCUUUCGCGGGGAACGGAGACGCACGCAGCGGCCGGGGGCUCGGCCGGGCCGUCCCGGCCUGCGCAGCCUGAGAUUCUCUUUGUGGCCAGAUGGGUUUGUAUGGACAAGCUUGUCCAUCUGUAACUUCAUUAAGGAUGACAUCUGAACUGGAGAGCAGCCUAACGUCUAUGGACUGGUUACCACAGCUCACCAUGAGAGCAGCCAUCCAAAAGUCUGAUGCUACACAGAAUGCACAUGGAACGGGAAUUUCUAAGAAGAAUGCACUCCUUGACCCAAAUACAACACUGGACCAGGAAGAAGUCCAACAGCACAAAGAUGGAAAACCUCCGUACAGCUAUGCCAGCCUCAUCACAUUUGCAAUUAAUAGCUCACCUAAAAAGAAGAUGACAUUAAGUGAGAUUUACCAAUGGAUUUGUGAUAACUUUCCGUAUUAUAGAGAAGCUGGCAGUGGUUGGAAGAAUUCCAUACGACAUAAUCUGUCACUGAACAAAUGUUUCCUUAAAGUGCCUCGGUCCAAGGAUGAUCCCGGAAAGGGUUCUUACUGGGCAAUAGACACCAAUCCGAAGGAAGACACGCUGCCUACUCGGCCAAAGAAGAGGGCAAGAUCUGUAGAACGGGCCUCAACUCCAUAUAGCAUAGAUUCAGAUUCUUUGGGAAUGGAGUGUAUUAUUUCGGGAAGUGCCUCUCCAACUCUGGCAAUCAACACUGUGACUAACAAAGUAACACUGUACAACACUGACCAGGAUGGUAGUGAUAGCCCUCGAAGCAGCCUUAACAACAGUCUCUCAGACCAGAGUUUGGCGUCUGUUAAUUUGAACAGUGUUGGAAGUGUACAUAGUUACACACCGGUCACCAACCAUCCAGAACCAGUCUCUCAGUCAUUAACACCUCAGCAGCAGCAGCCACAGUACAACCUUCCAGAACGAGAGAAACAACUACUUUUCACAGAGUAUAAUUUUGAAGAUCUCAGUGCCUCAUUUCGGAGUCUUUAUAAGUCAGUUUUUGAGCAGUCACUUAGUCAACAAGGUUUAAUGAGCAUCCCUUCGGAAUCUUCCCAACAGUCCCACACUUCAUGUUCCUAUCAACACUCUCCUAGCAGUACAGUGACCUCUCACCCACACAGCAACCAAAGCAGCCUGCCCAACAAUCAUAGUGGCCUCAGUGCCACAAGUAGUAAUUCGGUUGCACAGGUCUCACUGUCCCACCCCCAGAUGCACCCCCAGCCCUCUCCACAUACACCUCAUAGACCGCAUGGUUUACCACAGCACCCACAGCGUCCCCAGCACCCAGCGCCACACCCACAGCAACACAGCCAGCUACAGCCAUCUCACUCCCAGCACCCCCCUCCACAUCAGCACAUACAACACCAUCCAAACCAUCAGCAUCAGACAUUAGCACAUCAGCCACCACCACCCCCUCAACAGGUGUCCUGUAAUUCUGGUGUUUCAAGUGAUUGGUAUGCAACACUCGAUAUGCUGAAGGAAAGCUGUCGAAUUGCCAGCAGUGUUAACUGGUCAGAUGUAGACCUUUCACAGUUCCAAGGUCUGAUGGAGAGUAUGAGGCAGGCGGAUCUCAAGAACUGGUCAUUAGAUCAGGUUCAGUUCGCUGAUCUCUGUUCCUCUCUUAAUCAGUUCUUCACACAGACUGGCCUUAUCCACUCGCAGAGUAGUGUUCAGCAGAACGUCUGUCAUGGUGCCAUGCACCCAGCAAAGCCUUCCCAACACAUCGGGGCAGGAAAUUUGUACCUAGAUUCCAGGCAAAGUCUCCCUCCCUCAGUGAUGCCACCCCCUGGUUAUCCUCAUAUUCCACAGGCGCUCAACACUCCAGGAACUACGAUGGCAGGUCAUCACGGAGCCAUGAACCAGCAGCACAUGAUGCCUUCCCAAGCCUUCCCAAUGCGGCGCCCUCUGCCUCCAGAUGACAUCCAGGAUGACUUUGAUUGGGAUUCAAUAGUGUAGGCUUGUUUCUGCAAGACAGCAGACUCCAGCAUCCUUUUUGUUCAGUGAAAGGACGGAUUAGAGGCCGGUUGAGAAAACAAAGCAAUGUUACCAGUGCUAUCUAAAUUCCUUUUGAAGACAAUCAGAGAUUCUAGCUGGGUAACUUACUGCUUUUAUCCAACCCAAGCAAGAACUACAUGUUUGUCUCCCUGCCAGUACCCUCUGUAGCUCCUAACUGUUGUGAUUUGGACAGCUUUUUGCAUAUUUGUGUCAGUUUGAUGUUGACCACAAGUGCCAGACUGAUUUUUCAGACAGAGCCUAUUUUGCUGCGAGCAGUUUAUAGAUACAUAUGUGUAAAUAUGUGUACAAAUAUUACUGAAAGGCUUCAAGUUUUUUCUAAUUGGAUUAUUGUAUCUUGAAAAGAAAGUUACUGUCAGUUUUUAUUCCUAGUUAGGCCAUUUUCUGCAGGAUGCUUUCAGAUGAUACAGAGAGCUGAAAGGAAAUCAGAUUUUUCAAAGCCCAGUUUCCUUUAUUUAAUCCUCAGAAAUAGGAGUAAUCAUGAAUCCACCGAGUAAGUCAAAGAAUCUGGAGUUGGUACUC